ACAAAAGAGCCAAUGAACAUUGGUCGGUUUUCCUUCCAUUUCUCACAUAUCCCAUUUUCCCACAAACUUUCUCCUAGUUUCUUGCCAGAAGUUUCCCGAAAAGUUUGAAGCUUCUUCAGAAGAAUUCAUUUCCCAGAUAAGUCUUUCUCACCAGAUUCUAUUAUUCUUUUAGAAUAAAUAAAAAGAAGCUAGAAUUCUGGUUUGGAAAAGGGGUAUUUCUGAGCUAAAUUUAGGUGGUGUUGUAUCUCUCUGAAUUGGGAUUUGUUAAUUCUGGUGUGUUCAUUUCAUUUCUGUGAUUAAAAAAAUAAAUAAAUAAAAUAAAAAGAGAACAAACCCAUUUGAGCCUGAAAAGAAAGACUCCCAGUUUUGAACUUCUUUUGUAGCAGUCGAUACGCCCAAUUGGAGGUUCUGUAUGGAAUUCGGCUCUGGGUUUUGAUGGGUUAUGUUGUAUAAGACAUUGGUUUUGACAUUCUUAUUUGUAAUCAAUUAUAGAAUUGUAUUUUGAGGAUCUGAUUUUUUCAAGUUAAUCUUGAUGUACUUUCCACAAUUCUUUUUUCACUUGGUGGAGGUUCUAUGUAGAAUUGGCGGUUGGAUUUUGAUUGGUUAUCUUUUGUAAAAACUUGGUUUCAAUACGUAGGUAGUCUUUGAUUUCCGUGUGUUAUUUGGAUUGGACUCCUAUUGUUCUAGUUUCGAGUAAAAUAAUAUAGUUUUUUUUUUUUUUGCCCGUUUCUCCUGGGUUGGAGCUUUUAUACUCAAGAUUGUUGGAUUUGCAAUGGGGAAGCAAAGGGGAAAAGAAAAGAAACAGGCAGGAGAAACAUCAUCUGAUGCUAAUCCAAAGCAAAGCAAAAUUGGGGAGAAUAGUCCAAAAUGCUAUGAUAAGGAUACAGCUGUUUUCAUUUCUACGUCUCAAGGAUUGAAAGAGGAGGGAAACAAGUUGUUUCAGAAGAGGGACCAUGAAGGAGCUAUGUUGAAAUAUGAGAAAGCCCUCAAAUUGCUUCCUAGAAAUCAUAUAGAUGUAUCCUAUCUUCGGAGCAACAUGGCUGCUUGCUAUAUGCAGAUGGGUGUGAAUGAGUACCCUAGGGCAAUCCACGAGUGCAAUUUGGCUCUUGAAGUCACACCUAAGUACAAUAAAGCACUGUUGAAGAGGGCAAGGUGUUAUGAGGCUUUGAACAGGCUAGAUUUGGCUUUAAGAGAUGUUAGUACUGUAUUGAACAUAGAGCCCAAUAAUCCCAUGGCAUCAGAGAUUGAACAAAGGGUAAAGCAGGCACUUGAGAAGAAAGGAUUAAAGGUAAAUGAUAUGGUAAUUGAGUUACCUUCAGAUUAUGUUGAAACCCCAUCUGCUUCACGUCAAUCAAAAUUAGUGAAAGUGAAGACACGGAAGAAGAAGACCAACAAAGUGGAGGAGAAGAAGGCUGAGGUUAAGGUGGUUGUGGAAGAGAAAAUUAGUAGGAUAAAGGAAGAAAUGCCUAUGAAAACUGUGAAAUUGGUGUUUGGGGAAGACAUAAGGUGGGCUCAAUUGCCAGUUAAUUGCAGCCUCCUUCAACUUAGGGAGGUUGUCCUUGAUCGGUUUUCAAGCUCGAGAGCAGUUUUUAUAAAAUACAGGGACCAAGAAGAUGAUUUGGUUACAAUUACUACUAAUGAAGAACUAAGGUGGGCUGAAGCAUCAGCAGAAAUGCAGGGUUCUUUCCGGUUGUACAUAGUUGAAGUUAAUCCUAAGCAGGAUCCAUUUUUGGAGAGACUAAAUAAGACUGGAGUGAAGAAUCUUAAUGUUAAACAUAGUAAUAUAGUUGUGAAUGGUGAUGUAGUAAAAAGCAAGGAAUUAAAGGUAUCAUCUUGCAUUGAAGACUGGAUAAUCCUAUUUUCUCAUCUGUUCAAGAACCAUGUUGGAUUUGAAUCUGACAAAUACUUGGAUCUUCAUGAAGUUGGAAUGAAGCUCUAUUCUGAGGCUAUGGAGGAGGCAUUUACAAGUGAAGAAGCACAAGACCUUUUCAAUAUAGCAGGAGAGAAGUUCCAAGAGAUGGCAGCUUUAGCAUUGUUCAAUUGGGGAAAUGUUCACAUGUCGAGGGCAAGGAAGAGGGUGUAUUUCACGGAAGAUGCUUCAAAAGAAUAUAUACUUGAACAGAUCAAAGAUGCAUAUGAUUGGGCACAAAAAGAAUACAUAAAAGCAGGAAUGAGAUAUGAAGAAGCAUUGAAAAUCAAACAAGAUUUCUAUGAAGGCUUUCUAGCUCUAGCGCGGCAGCAAUUUGAGCUAGCAAAACUUUCUUGGCAUUAUGCAAUUAGCUGCAAUGUUGAUUUGGAAACAUGGCCUUCUACAGAAGUUCUACAACUAUAUAACAACGCUGAGGACAACAUGGAGAAAGGAACGCAGCUUUGGGAGGAAUUAGAAGAGCAAUGCCGAAGUGAACUUUCCAAACCUAAGAAUGCUAAAACGCAGUUGCGGAAGAUGGGGUUGGAAGGAUUGUUUAAAGAUAUAUCACCACAUGAAGCUGUGGAGCAAUCUGUAAACGUGAGGUCUCUGAUAAGCAUCUUAUGGGGCACUAUCCUUUAUGAGCGAUCAAUUGUGGAAUUCAAAUUAGAACUAGUGGAAUGGCACGAGUGUUUGGAAGUUGCUGUUGAGAAGUUUGAACUUGCUGGAGCUUCUCCAACGGAUAUAGCUGUCAUGGUGAAGAACCAUUGUUCAAACAAUAAUGCACUGAAAGGUCUUGGGUUCAAAAUUGAUGAAAUAGUACAGGCAUGGAAUGAGAUGUAUGAAGCUAAAAAGUGGCAGAGUGAAAUUCCAUCAUUUCGGCUGGAACCAUUUUUUCGACGACGAGUUUCAAAAAUUUAUCAUGCUUGGAGCACGCAUGAGUUCCAUUUGUUCAAUAGGUUAUAGAGUGUUAACUGUGGAAAGACUCACUUUUACUUCUCCAUGAUCUGGAAUAUGUAAGAUACCAUACUGAGGCUCCCUGUUACUUUAAGGUUCAAGCUAUAGGAGACGAGUUCUAACAUCUUAACACAAUGGGGACAAGAUGGGGGGAUGCAGGGAUUUGCAUUUUAGUUAGUUUCUAUCUUCACCUCACUGCCCCCGCUUCUUUUAUAGUUUCUUACACUUAGUAAAUUGUUUGUAUUUGUAAUUUAAUUCGUUUGCCUCAUGAUUUUGUAAUUUUUUUAUUUUUUUUGCUGAGAGUUCCACAUUUGUAAUUUAUUUUUUAUUUUUUAUUAGUAUUUUUAGGUUUCUUGGAUUUAUUCGAAUGGACUUUGUUACUUUUAAUAAAACUUUUCAAAGUUUAAUUGCAAA